AUGCUUCGCACAAUAACACGUAAGUGCACCAUACUUACCUCGGCGGCAUCGUUCAAAGGUUCGAAAACUUCUGACAAUUCCGGGAAGCCUCACCACCAAAAUCUCAUCCCAAACGGUAGCGUCCCCGUCCCCAACGUGCCUGAAGGUAUCGACAUGAAAAACGCAGAAGAACAAUCAAUAGUGAAUCAAAAUGUGGAACAGUCUGAGCCAGUUGCACCCGAUGAGUUACGUGCAGCUGCCAUUGAUACAGAUAUGGAGAUGAUGAAGGAAAGGUUUGCAAAGCUGCUUUUGGGUGAAGAUAUGUCGGGUGGUGGAAAAGGUGUUAAUUCAGCUCUCGCUUUGUCAAAUGCAGUCACUAACCUAGCCGCAUCCAUUUUUGGAGAGAAAGGGAAGUUGGAGCCAUUGGCUCUAGAAAGGAAGGCAAGGUGGAGAAAAGAAAUGGACUGGAUAUUAUCUGUUACUGAUCACAUUGUUGAAUUUGUUCCUUCAAAGCAGACAUCUAAGGAUGGAACGAACAUGGAGGUUAUGGUCACGAGACAACGGGCCGAUCUGCUCACGAAUAUACCCGGCCUGCGCAAACUCGACGCAAUGCUCAUCGAGACUCUCAACAACUUUGGACAAGAACAGGAGUUUUGGUAUGUGUCCAAGAAUGAUCUUGAAGGGCAGGAAAGCAGCCAAAGGGAAGACAAAUGGUGGCAUCCGAUUGUUAAGGUUCCGGAAAACGGUCUAUCGGAAACACAACGUAAAUGGCUGCAAUAUCAGAAGGAGUCUGUGAACCAAGUGCUGAAAGCAGCAAUGAACAUUAAUGCUGAAGUCCUGUCCGAAAUAGCAGUCCCCGAAAGCUACAUCGAUUCCCUGCCCAAGAAUGGAAGAGAAAGCCUUGGUGAUUCGAUCUAUAAAAGCAUCACAGUGGAGCACUUCGAUACAGUGCAGCUCCUUUCGACGAUGGACUUCUCGACGGAACACAAAGUUCUCGACUUUAAGAACAGGAUCGAAGCCUCCAUUGUUAUUUGGAAAAGGAAGAUGGUCCAGAAAGAUGGAAGGCCUUCAUGGCCGGGUACAGGCGUUAGUGUCGGAAAAAGGGAACUAUUCGAAGAAAGGGCCGAGACAGUCUUGCUCAUACUCAAGCAGCAUUUUCCUGGACUUCCACAAUCUUCACUUGACAUAUCAAAGAUCCAAGAAAACAGAGAUGUAGGACUGGCUAUCCUGGAGAGCUAUUCCAGGGUACUUGAAAGCUUGGCUUACUCGGUGAUGUCAAGAAUCGAGGAUGUUCUUCAUGCAGAUGCACUUACUCGAACAUCAUCGCCGGCUCCAUCUCCGAUGUCGAACAUAGAUGCAUUGAGAUCGAGUGCUGCGGAGAUACCGAGACUCUCGGAAUCACUAUAGACGUCGGUUUCAAGGUUGAUAAUGUGCCAUUAAAUGGUUCGACCCCAAAGAAAGUUCUUGCCUCGAGAGGAUUGAGAACUUUAAUGGGAUAAGAAGUACCCCAAUGGUCAAGAUUGAUGGAGGAUUAACUGAUACAAUUUAGAAGGAAAGGAAACAGGAGGAAAUAGAAGAAAAAAAGAAAGGUA